CCUGGAGACAGACCUUCCUCAGCUCAUAGAGGAGUCACAGACACUGGUCUGCUGGAGGCUGCACACAGGAACAAGACGUGAAGUUGCCAGUCGUUGGGUGUGUGUGACCAGCUGCCAGGAGACCGCCAGUCACAAUACCGAUACCCGUACCGGUGGGCACGUCUAGCCUUAUGGGAAAAGUGGCUCUUAGUGGCGAGAAGACCUGCUGCCUGUGAAGCUCAGAAUACAAUGGAUUCUAUCAGAAAAGCCCUCACAACUAUUAAAGAACUGAGAGGGAAACUAAUGGAAGUGUGUGUGGAAAAUGUAGAAGAUUUGUGUGACCAUCUGAAAUAUUCCAAGCUCAUUCUCUACCGGGAGUAUAAAGAUGUGUACGAGGCUGUAACCCCAGCAGAGAGAGCUGAGAAGCUGAUCAGCAUUAUACUACAGAAGGGGGAACCGGCCUGGGAGAUGUUCCUCCACCAUCUGGAGAAGAUGACUCCCAGGUUCCCGGCAUUGUCUGAUGUGUCUCAGCAGAUACCACAAAGUGGUGAAUCUGGGAAAAUGACAGAUUCUAUCAGAGAAGCAUUGAAGACUAUUAUACAUCUGAGGUGGAAAUUAGGAGAAGUGUAUGAGGAGAACGUGGACGGUUUGUGUGAUGAGCUGGACUCUCUCCACCUCAUUACUCCCCAGGAGUAUACAGAUCUGUAUGAGGCUGUGACCCCAGCAGAGAGAAUUGAGAAGCUGAUAAACCUUAUACUACAGAAGAGGGAACCGGCCUGUGAGAUGUUCCUCCACCAUCUAGAGAACAUGGUUCUCAAGUUCCCGGCUUUGGAUGAUAUGUCCCAAAACUUACCAGAAAACUAUGAACCUCAGGAAAAAAUGGUUCCUAUCAGGGAAGCUUCACGGACUAUUAAACAGCUGAGAUGGAAAUUAAUGGAGGUGUUUGAGGAGAACGUGGACGGUUUGUGUGAUGAGCUGGACUCUCUCCACCUUAUUACUCUCCAGGAUUAUAUAGAUCAGUACGAGGCUGUGAGCCCAGCAGAGAGAGCUGAGAAGCUGAUAAACAUCAUACUACAGAAGGGAGAACCGGCCUGUGAGACGUUCCUCCACCAUCUAGAGAACAUGGUGCCCAGGUUCCCACCACUGGCUGAUGUGUCUCAACACUUACCGGAAAACAAAGUAAAGACUUUUAAGGAAUUUCUGGAGAAUGUAAAUAUACACCACCCAGCUGUGUCAAAGCUGACCCUAAGGGAUGUUCUAGAGAUUGGGUCUGAGAACCUGCAGGAGGCUCAGCCUCAGGACAUGACAGAUAUUCCCUGGAACUUUCUAAGGAAGCUCAUGGCCCUGAAUAGAACUGCAAUAAACACCCGGUUAGACAAACUCCCACCUAAGCUGGUACCAAAUGACCGUAAUAUGUUUGAUCUAUCAGUGUGCGAAACAGAGGACGAUUCAUCUUCAUAUAUCCACCCCCUGGACGUGGUGUGCGCUGUCCUGCAUUGCUCAGAGAGUUUUCUACAGCAAGAGAUUGUAUCAAAAAUGUCAAUGUGCCAGUUUGCCAUCCCUCUACUGCUCCCUGCUGGUCGUGGCCCAGAAUGCACCUUCAUGCUGUGGGCAAUGAGGGACAUUGUGAAGAGAUGGAGACCUCAGUCAUUGGCUGACAGUAAAGGGUUCAGAGAAGACAAUGUUGUGAAUAUUCCCAUGCCGAUCUUCUCCUUUGUAAAACUGGGGAAAACCAAACUGUCCAAAUCUAAAAUCUUGAAUAAAGUUCUUAAUCCACCACAACAACAUCACAACUUCUUCAUAUAUGAAGAUAUGGAGGGAGGAAACAGUGAGAGGAAAAUAUCUGAUGGACUUGUGGAAAUUUCCUGGUAUUUUCCUAGUGGUAAGUCUGACGUCUUCCCAGAGCCCGUCGCAGUGACCAACCUACGUGGUGACCUGGCGUCCAGCUGGGAACAGUUCACGUUUCUGACACAAGUCUCAUCGGCUGUGUUUGUGUUUAUUGAGAAUAUCAGUGAUAGAGAAUACAGACUGUUAUCCAGCUGCAGUAACACCGACACCGAGUAUUAUCUCAUCCUUACUCCAAGUCCCGGGACUAAAGUAACUACAGAGACUGUGAAUCACAUCAACAGUCUAAUGUCACCGCUAAACAUUACUAAAACAAAUAUCAUAGUAAAGAGCAGCACAGCUAAUUAUGCAGCAUUUGUAAAACAAAUCCAAAACACCAUUGAGAGCCUUCUGAUUCAUUGUCAAAAAAGAAGUUUGGCUAGUGCUAAAGAUGAGAUCCAAGGAGAUUAUAUCUGUGUAGAUGAGAACGCGGCUGCAUGUCAGACUGCAAAUGACUAUGCCAGGAACAUUACCUCUGUAAUAAGGGAUGUAGAGAAGUACAAGAAAGAAACUCUGAAAUUACAGGGAGAUCUGUGGAAACAAUUGUCAAAAAUAGAAAAAGAACUUUGCAGAAUGACGAAACAAGGCGGGAAAAAUGCACAGGAAUAUAGCAGUGAGCUUAUACAGCAACGUCAUUCCCUGCACAAGGAACAGAACCAACAUGAUAUCUCUGAAGGCAUUUCAUUAUUUAUUAAUGCAAUUACACAUUUGUCUCAAGCAGAAAAACAUUAUUUUUUGAAAUGGAUGAAAUUUGAGCUGGAUUCAGUUGCUAGAAAUAAUAUUUCUACCCUGCAGUCUGAGUACAUGGAGAAAUGUAACAAUAAAUCAAAUAAUGUAGAACAAUUAAAACAACUGGAUCAAAAAAUCUCUGACAGCUCAUUAGGGGUUGAGCAUUUCCUACGUGAGCUGGGGCAGGUUUAUGAGGCUGAAUGUGCAAUGGUUAAUGAGAAAGUAAAUGGUAACAUAGAAAAUCAAUUUACAAAACUUCCAGGAAUCGCUGCUAAUCUUCUGCUGGAUGGGUUCCCAUUGGAGCUGAUUGAUGGAGAUGCCGCCAACAUCCCCCUGCGGUGGAUAACUGAUGUCCUGACUGAGCUGGACACCAAGACAGGAGGACACUGCAGAAUGAGAGUAAUAACUGUGCUAGGAGUACAGAGCACCGGGAAAUCCACACUUCUGAACACUAUGUUUGGCUUACAGUUCCCGGUGGCCAGUGGACGAUGCACACGAGGAGCCUUCAUGACCCUUAUUAAGGUGAGAGAGACCUUCCAGGAGGAGCUGGGCUGUGACUUCAUUCUGGUGAUUGACACUGAAGGGCUGAAAGCUCCUGAGUUGGCUUCUCUGGAGGACAGUUAUGAACAUGACAAUGAGCUGGCCACACUAGUGGUUGGGUUGAGUGAUAUCACCAUCGUUAAUAUGGCCAUGGAAAACACUGUAGAGAUGAAAGAUAUUUUGCAAAUUGUAGUCCAUGCAUUUCUUAGGAUGAAAGAAAUUGGGAAGAAACCCAACUGCCAGUUUGUACAUCAGAACGUGAGCGAUGUGUCCGCUCAUCAGAAGAACAUGAGAGAUAGGAAGAAGCUUCUGGAACAAUUGAAUGAAAUGACAAAAGUUGCUGCAAAAAUGGAGAAGAAAAUUGGAAUGACAGCUUUCAGUGAUGUGAUGGACUAUGACCUAGAGAGACACAACUGGUACAUUCCUGGACUGUGGCAGGGGGUCCCACCGAUGGCUCCGGUAAAUUUUGGUUACAGUGAAAAUGUUUAUGAGCUAAAAAAGUAUUUAUUCAAAUUUUUCAAAUCCGACCGGUCUGAUCACAGGCAAUGCCAGAUUCCUGAGUUUAUUACAUGGAUAGAAAGUCUGUGGAACGCAGUUAAACACGAGAAGUUUAUCUUCAGCUUUAGGAACAGUCUGGUAGCUGAAGCCUAUAACAAGCUGGCUGCACAAUACUCUCUGUGGGAAUGGGAAUUCACCAAAACCGUCCACAGCUGGGUGAUGAGCACAGAGACCAGUAUUAGGAAUCAGUCUGGUGAUAGGCUGGAUACAGAAACCUGCGCUCAUUAUAGAAACAUUCUUCAACAGCUGCUACAAGAUGAGGAAACAAAAAUGUUGGAAUUAGUAGAGAAAUACUUUGACAACAGAUCUGACAGUGUUCAUCUUAUAGAGCGAUAUAGAGAAGAUUUCUUCAUGAGUGUAAGGUUCCUAAGAAAAGAACUAGAAAGGAACGCGCUCAACAAGGUCAAUGAAGCUGUUUCUAUUCGGAAAGGAAAGUUCAAGAUACAGAAUAUUCAGAACAUAUCUCAGAAGCUCAUUGAAGGGAACAUCACAGAUCUCCUGAGAAGCUGCAGAGAGAGGAACUGUGAUCUGGGGGACAUGGAAGUGAAGCGAGAAUUUGAAUCAAUGUGGGAGAAAACACUGUGUGACUUACAGAUAGAAGAACAGAUAGAAGAAUUACCAAAACAUAAUGUUGACCAAGCUAUGCUUCAUCUGCUGAGAAAAGAGAUGAGUGGGAAGGGUGCAGGGAUAAACCAAAAACUAUCUAAAGUGAUGAGUUUAGAUGGAUAUAGAGAGAGAGAAUUUCAAAUGCAUAAAAAGUACAUUGAUAGCAACUGGUUUUCAAAAGUACGCAGUAUGUUUUCUCACUCUUCUGAACCCUUUGAUAAGGUCACAGAUCUUGCUGCAUCCUUGUUAGAUGCAUGUGAUACAUACAUCACAGAGAAAGUAUCAUCCCAUGAAGAUUAUAAUGACACUUACUGCCAGGAAUUACUGCACAUGAUCAAUGCUAAGCUAGAGGAAGGAAACAAUAACAACAAGCUGCACUUUUCCCCCCAGUUUGAGGUGGACAUUAAGCUGCUCAUCUUUGGGAGAGCAUCUGACACCUUCCAGAAGAUGCACGAUACCUUUAUCCAGGAAAAUGACCCAAAGAUCUGCCUAGAAAAGUUAAAACCACAAUAUUUUUCUACAUUUCAGAGUAUAUUUCUGGAGAAAGAUGAGUGUCGGAACAGAGCCAAGAAAUUCUGUGAGCUGUGCCUGAGACCGGCACUAACUGAGUAUAUUCUGAGGCAUCUCGGGAAGGAAAUCAUGGAUGAGAUAUUACACAGUCCUGAUAGUACAACAUUUAUCAACAGAAGUAAGUUCCAGAGAGUUCUGCUGGAGGAGCUACUAGAGGAAAACUCAUUCCAAAACUAUAUAAAAUAUAUUAAUUCAUACGAGAGAUUUUUAAGAGACUGGGUAUUUCGGUACAUUGCAGCAAAAUACCAGAGUCCAUCAGCUCUUAAUCAUCUACAGGUAAAGUGUUUGCAUGUGAUCACUGAAAAAAUCCAAGACAUCCUUAAAAUUAAAGAUUGUUUAAACAUAGCCAAUAUUUCAGAUUUUUUAGAGCAGUUUUGCGAAUUACUCAAAGAAGAAUUAGUAAUUUCCCAGAAUGAGAUGCAGGUGGUCACUUUCUGGAAUACAGCAGAUGUCGGGCAGUUCUGUGAGGACAUUCUGUCCUAUCUCCCCACCAUAGAGGAACACAUCCUGUCAGAGCUGGGAUCAUUGGACAUUGAUAAUGUACUAUCCAGGGUCACACUGAGGCCUCAGGAUGAGCUGUGUAAGAAGGUGAUUGGAUGCGGACAUCAGUGUCCAUUCUGUAAAGUCCCUUGUGAGAAUGUAGGAGGUGAUCACACGCAGCAUUCCGCAUCUGUCCACAGACCAAAGGGAUUGGGAAAGUACAGAUGGUCAAGAGAUGAGACAUUGGUCACUGACAUAUGUUCCACUGCUGUUGUAUCAAAUGUUCGAUUUCGAAAUUCAGACACAGACUGGAAUUGGCACCCAUACAAAGAGUAUCGUACCUAUUACCCAGACUGGCUCAUCCAACCCGAUGCCACCAUAAAUUCCUCAGAUUACUGGAAAUACAUUUUUGUGCAGUUCAACAAAGCAUUUGCUGAAACAUAUGAUGCAAAGCCGGCUGUAUUACCUAAUGACUGGAAGAAAACAACAAGAGAACAAGCUUUACAAAGUCUAGAGGCAGCUUUUACUAUUAAGUGAAAACACAAAGGUUACAUUGGUUUAAUCAUUCAAACCAUGAGCAUAACUAGAAACAGAUGGGAUAUUCAGCAAAUAUUAACAUUCCCAAAUAUAAAUAAUUAGACAUCAUUAUAGAACAAUUCAAGCAUUUCAAAAUAGAGAUGUCCUAGGAUUUUCCAGUCAAACGCAUUGCAUAGCAGCCCCUAUCCUAAACCCCCCCCCAUAAAUAAUAUUAUUUUCAUUUAUUUUGAGUCGCCAGAUAUUUCCUCAGUUCUGUUCAGAGCAAAGAUACAAAAUGGGGCAAAUAAUGUAUCAAAAGAACAUAUUUGCAUAAUUACAUGUGUAGCCAUAGACUAGUUAUAGUGUAUACCAAUUGGCUGAGAUAGUGGACCUAAGGGGAGGGGAGAAACAAGAGAAGGGCCCUGCUCGUGAGAGCUUACAUUCUAAAAGUUAAAAAACAACCCCAAGUGAUGUUCAGCAGACAGUAAUAAGCUUCUACUGAAAUCACACACCUGUGUAUGUAUAUUGUUUUAAGGACAUAUUGUAUUACUGGUUAUAGGGAAUUACGUAAAUAAAUAAAAAGGGAUUACACUAUGUACAUAUUCUCCACCUAACUCCAGGCUUCAUAAACUUUUUGUGUCCUGUCUUGAAAUCUGUCCCCAUCCUUCAAUAUACUCUGUGACAGAAAGAAGUGUUCUGUAUUGUCACACUACGGUACAGGUAGACACCUUACUAGAGGUUUCCAGCAGCAAUGCCAGAGGUGGUGCAUGGUGAAACGUGCAGUCCCACAGCUAGAGAGCAAGAGGAGCAGGCAUACAUCUACUGGAGGAAACGGAUCAGAAUGGUAAUGGUUAGUGUUAUCAACUUGCACUUUACCGCAUUAAAGGGACUGGACUUCAGAAUUCUACAGUACGUAGAUUGCAGCAUUUAACAUACAGGAGAGACAGAUCCAGUAGGUGAUCCUGGCCAAAUCACAUGAGAACAUUUGGAAAGUGUCCCCUCCCUUUUGGAACUCCAUUGUAGUUCAGCCUCUUAAAGUUUUUUUUCAAAUUUCACACUUAGACUGUAUGUUUAUGAUUGCAAUAAAUAAAUCAUGUUCUAUCACAAA